AUGGACACGAGUUCGUACGACAACGGCGAGUUCUGGCUAAUUACCGAUGCUAAUCCACACAUGACGCUCGCUGGUGCCGUCGGCUUGGUGGUUGUGGACGUUUGUUACUUGAUCGUGACGUUACGGAUGCUCUUCUGGCGCGACAAGUUGUUCGGAUCGGCAUUUAGCAGCCAUCCAACUGCAUUCACUACGUCAAGACGUGGAUUAGUGUCGUGGCUGAGCUCCGUCGUUCCGAGGUAUGAACGUUUUCGCAGUCUUUACGAAGAUCUUACAGCCUACGAAGGGAAAAAUCGCAAGAAAUGGAAUGCAUUCUCGAAGCUAAUUGACAUCUCUAUGGAGACAGCAAUGCUUCGUCAGCUACUGCAGAGCGGGAGCCCCAUGAGCCUCACGUAUGGAUUUGCGGGCUUUCUUGCGGUCAACGCACUGUCCUGCGCCGUUAAUGUACUAACCGGCCGCUUUUCAGUUUUAACUGAGGUUUUUAUCGACUCCAUCUUCGAUUUGUCAGUCGCCGUUCUGUUCCCGAUCGUGGUGCUGGUCUACUGCUACUACAAUUUUGACUUUGGUCGGGAAGUUUAUCUUACCUACCUGGAAAUGCUCCCUCCUGGAAGCUUCGAGCACCUCGCUCGGUCUUUUGCAAGUCCGUCCAAAAUUGCGCUAUUCCGAGUAAACUUCGACUGCCUUCGCAUCAGUUCGCUCUUGGAUUUUGUACUGCGAAUUAGCAUGAAUCUGGCAUUUUGCUAUCGGUUCGAGCGAGUUUUGGAGGCUCUUGCAAUGUCAGAUUCGGAGACGCUCUACUCCGUCCAUCCACAAUGUGUCGUAUUUGCCCACCAGUGGAUGCCCAGCGACGAGAAUUGUCCGUGCCUCAUUGCUAUCGAUAUCGACAUCGCACCAAAGACUUUCGACGAGUGGAUGAGCCCCAUUGACGCCUAUGGAAAAGUGAAAACUCUGGCUGCAGCUGGUAUGCUGACUUCGCUUCAGGUGAUCAAUCGACAGCUGCUCGAGUUGCCAGAAGAGGUUCGCAAGUGUAGUAAUCUGCGAGUCAUCUACUUGAUGUACACAAGUAUAGAGCAUAUUCCCUCGUGGGCCAUAGAGCUACAUCACCUGGAAACACUUCAUAUCGAAGGAAAAUACGGCAAUUCAAACCUGUUUGGUUUCCAACACGUACCAAAGCUGGGCAGACUCAUCCUCUCCCUCAUGCCCAACAUGGAGCAACUACCUGACAUGUCGCCCCUGCAAAAUCUCUUAGAGUUUGUGCUCCUCCGGCCGAACCACAUUUGCUGCAAUGGCUUUAUGGCGCCCUGUAACCUGAGCCACGUCUCGUGUCAGAGCUAUCCGUUGGUCAACAUCCCAGCAGCAACUUGUCUGAUGAAUAUCGACCCAUUUCUAGGAAGUAUCGGCACCAAAAGUGAGUUUGAGAAGUUUGCUCCGGCCAUUUGCCAGCCGUCACCGCUUGAUUCGCCAGAAUAUCUCAGUUUCCCUACCAAGGCUACGAUUGAAAUGUGCGGGGGUAAACCGUAUCGCCAGUGUCUCCUUCCCGGAAACAGAACUGGGCUUUGUUACAACACGAGGUUUCAAGUUCUUUCGUGUCUUGCUGACGACAACUACAUCGCCCUUCGGCGGCUUCAGAUCGAAAAGGGGGUCGGCCCAAAAUGUGACUCUGCUGAGGAGAAAUGGCUUGGCUGUGUGGGUUAG